AUGGGUAGCAGGAGUUCUACGGUUCAUCCGCAUCCGCUUGAUGCAUCCGGAGCCCAACAAGAAGACACCAUGAUCUUAAUCCCCGAUUCUGAUGAACCAUCUCUUCUCGACCAAAAUGAUCUGCUUGAUGCUCCUCCCCUUUCUGCAUCCGGAGCCCAACAAGACGACACCAAGUUCUUAAUCCCCAAUACUAGUAAUACGGAAAGAUGUCUUGCCGGAUUCUGUUUUUUCAGCGAAUUUGCACUUUGUCUUACAGCGUUUUUAUUAAUCAUGAUGACGGACGCGCCCCCGAAAGCGUUGGACCCUGAGUUUCGAGUCCAAUCAGCGGUGUUGUGGUACCCACACAAUGCGACUCGCUCCUCCGACUUAACGGCCACGUGGGAUCUGACCCUCCUCGCCACAAACCCCAACGACAAGUGGGACAUCUUUUGCCACACCAUCCAUGCCUCGCUCUUCUACGGUCCAGGGUACCAACAUCUUAAGGAGCUGUGGCAGAUGUACCAACUCACGGUGUUCGCAGCAACGUCGUUGCAUCCCUUGUUUUUAACAUCGUCAAACCAGACAAGUGUGAGUUUCAAACUCCCCAUGCUCAACGCUUACAUAGGCGAUGAUUUGUCGAAAGAAAUCUUUAAUGACAACACUACAGCUAUGUCGCUCAGGUUCGGGCUCAAGCUUUCGCUUUCUUAUAGGUAUAUGGGGCACUUGAGCGACAUGAAAACUCCCCGUCCCGAUGCCGGGACCUCCUUUUGCAAUAGGAUUCAAGUCCGAGUUUUCUCGGACAAUAGUCAUAUUAAUGAAACUGAGAGAAUGACGAUGGCUGAGAAGUCAAUAGCUUGCGAACAGAAUAACGUGCGAAUGAAUUGA